AUGCGACUACUUGAAGAGUGUAACGCUGAUCCUGAUAUUGGCCUGAAUUGGGACAACACAUACAUUUUCCCUCUCACUCAAGCCAUCUUCAUCAGAGACUUCGAGAUCGCAGAGACACUUUUGAUUAAAGGAGCGAAAGUGAAACCCUGCCACGAUAUUCUUCAUCAUAACAUGCCGCCGGCGCUGAGUCACCCCAUUGCUGUCGCAAUUGCAUACGGGCAGACGGAGAUGGUAAAUUUGAUGCUUGUUCACGACGUCCCCGUAAAUUUCACCUGGGACCUAGCCAGGGACGGCCUGUUAACCCCUUUCCUCCAGGCGCUUUCUCGCGGAGACCUAGAGCUCGUGCGAGUGCUCCUGGAUCACGGCGCCGAUGUCCUUCAAAAUAGCCUUACUCAACUGAACGAAGACGACAUGUCCCGAUACAUUAAUUGCUUCAGCGCACGACAAGCCCAGCUCAUGAAAUUCUUAUCACUGUGCGAGGCACUGUAUCUUUGGCCAUAUAGUUUCGGCUCGGCGCUUCUGAUUGCUACUGGAAUAGAGAACCGCGGGUUGAUGGAAUAUUUCUUGGGUGACGCGACUGUGGAAACAGAAUACAUCAACGAGAACAAGCUGACUGCUUUGCAUGUAGCUGCAGGCGCCGAGGGAGACGAAUUUGUUGAGUUUUUGCUUACGAACGGCACGUCCAUCGAAGCUAGGGAUAGUUACGGCGCUACACCAUUGAUGCAUGCGGUCUUUUACGGGAAUUUGCCUGCGGUAGAGCGUUUCUUGUCGUCCGGAGCCUCCGCCGACGAUUUAGUUGAUGGUCGAUUCUCAGGCUUUCCUCUAGUGUCGUCAGGAGUUCCAUACGACGAUCUUUUUGAUCGUCUCACAAAGUCGCUAUCAGAAUUCGCGCAGUUCUGCGAGUUCAGAUGGACAGCAAUCCAGGUAUCAUCCCAUCGAGGCUUUUGUAAGAUCCUUGCUGUCUUACUUAGAGCUGGAGGAGAUCCCUUUCAUCAGUCAAGAGAUGGGAAAACAGCGCUUGAUCUUGCAAUAGCUAGUCGUCGUUGGGGCAUUGUUACGGACUUACUUCAAUUGGGAGUUAAGUUCAACGCCACGAGUUCUUCAGUCGCUCGCCUUCUUGAUGAGACGAGUGAUGAUUACAACGACGAGGCUGCGUGCAUAUUAGCCGACCGCGGCGCCAAUUCACCGAUAAUGGUCUCGGAGAUCAAAUCUAAGGGACUGAGACGGAAUACAGAGCUUCUUGCCAUCCUCGAUGAAGCGGCCAGGGCACUACUUCAAAUCGGGAUCGCGUUAUAUCAGAAGCCAGCCAACUCCAGGACGAAGGGACUGGAUCACCGACUGCCACGCGCGUUGCAAUUCACUGGCUUCGGAACUGCAUCUCAGGUCAUCGGCAUUGCAAAGUAG